GUAAUUUUGACGAAAAAGCGGUUUUCAGGCGCCAUGUUUAUUGAAAACAAAAGAAAGCGGUAUUUUUUUUGUAAGUCUGACUGAGUGUGAUUAAAAGUUGGUACGACGUUCAACGUUCGUUUCUAAACAAGUGAUGUGAAUUAUAAGACUUCUUUUUUCUUCAUUAUUGUGCCACUUUUAUUAUUUAGAAUCAUGGCUGUGCCUACUGAAAUUCCGAGAUCCUUUCGACUUUACGUGACCCAUGUGGAUGGAGAUGGCCACUUCCUGAGGGUCAGCGGGCAGCUUGACCAACCAUCUUCGUUAAUGGUAGAAAGCCUGUUCAAAACUGCUCGCGAAAAUUUGGAGAAGGGUGUAGGUACAGUUUCUCCAGCGGCCAUUCACGAGGGCGUCAUUUGCGCCGCGAAAUACAAAGACGGUGCGUACUAUCGGGCGAAAAUAGUAAGCACUACUAAUAUUGCCACCGGAUUAGUCGGAGUAUAUUUCAUUGAUUACGGUAACAAAGAUAUUAUAUCCUUGAGUACUAUCAGAUUUCUAGACAGCUAUGACCCAAUGUUUUUGCAAUUGCGUGGCCAAGCCACAGAUUACUACUUGUCUAGGCUCAUGCACCCGUCCGGUCGAUGGGAGGAGCCACUGUUGCUAAAAUUACAAAGUCUUCUGUGUUACAACGAGUACCCUGCCACGGUGGACGCGCAAACUAGAUCGCUGCCUCUAAUCUCGAUACAGUUCAAGGGGAAUGAUUUGUCGACGCACCUUGUGUCCAACAGGCUCGGAGUGGCAUUGCCAAUAGUCAAGCAAGAAGUGCUGCUAUCGCAGAUGACAAGUGAAAACCAACAAAUACCCAACUGGCAGCCGACUUAUCCGUCUGAAUCACCUUUGUAUAUGGAACAUGUACCAUUUUUGAUUAAUCAGAAUUUUCCUUCAAAUCCAGCAUCAGCAAUGCGCUUACAACAGAAUGUUUCUUUGCCAUUCAAUGGAUCGAUACCUCCGCCAUCACUGAUUAGUCAGAGAUUGUUGGUGACAAAUAAGGCCACAAGAAACCCAGUGAACCUUCGACCUCCAAGCCGCCAGCCACAACAUGCAAGUACUGCUGCCGCUGCGGAGCCUUUAACACCGCCUCCCCCUGUAGCAUUGGCCACAGCGAAACCGGCUUCCCCUAAAAAGUCCGCAACCUACAAGAGCAGGCUGCUAGAAGCUAAUUCUCAGCAUAAAGUUUUUGUUUCAUUUGCUGAAGAAGGCCCUGAGCUAUUUGCAGUGCAGCUUGCAACCGAUGCUCAAAGGCUACAGAAUAUGAUGGAUGACAUCAACAAGAGACCACACAGCAGUCUCGCUGAGCCCCCUAUGAUUGGCACGGUUUGCUUGGGCCGUAUGUCAGGAGACAGAAUUAUUUGCAGGGCAAUCGUCAUGAAUUUGUCUGGUUCUCAGUGUAAACUCUUCUUUGUUGACUUUGGGGACACAGAGAUGGUGUCUUACUAUGACAUAUUUGAUAUCCCAGAGGAGUUUGUGAAACCCAAUGUCUUUGCCAUGAGAUUCUGCUUAUCUGGGGUCAAGAAAUUGGAAAAAGGUCCCCAUUUGAAUGAGACAUUUAAGCAGCUUGUGAAUGGAAAGGUCCUGACCUUGAGGGUGGUGGCACCAGAGGGCCCACCUUUGAUUCAGUAUGGAGAAUUGUAUUUAGACAACAAGAAUGUUUUGGAUUUGCUGAUGGCGAACAUGAAAGAUAAGCUGCAAUUUAAAUGGAUGGGAAUGCUUCCUUUGGGAACGAGGCAGUCGGUGCUAGUGUCUUAUGUGGACAGCUGUAUCAAGUUUUACGUUCAACUAUCAGACAAGAUUGAUGAGCUGAAUGCAGUUAUGGAUGCCGUCAAGGUUCAUUGUGAGAGCACCUCGUUUCCGGGAGAGCUGCCAGUGGGUGCAGCAUGCUGUGCCCGAUUCCCUGACGAUGACAACUGGUACAGAGCAAGGAUAAGAGACACCAAGGGAAGAAAAGUGAUUGUAGUUUAUGUGGACUAUGGAAAUGAGCAGGAGAUCGAGAUUUCUGAUCUGAGAACAAUCACUCCGGAUCUAAUAAAGCUUCCCGCUCAAGCCCUGAAGUGUGCAUUAAAAGGCUUUGAAAACAAACCGGUUGAGACCAAGACGUCCAACCAGCUGGAGAUGCUGGCUCUGGAGAAGACUUUGAUGGCGCAGAUCGUGGGCGUCCUGUCCAACGACACUAUGCUGGUCAGCCUGGUAGACGACACCGUCAGCCCACCGCUGGACAUUGCCAGGAAGAUGAACCAGUUGUCACAGCCUAGGAGCAACCAUGAGCCUAAAGCCACGACGCCUAUCCGAAAGGACGCACCGGAGAAUUUCAGCUCGCCCGAAGGCAGCGUACCUGAUGACAGUCGCAAGAAGAGUUUCAGAAGGGAGAAAAGCUUUAAGGAUGAUCGUAGACCGCCGAGGGAAGGCAAUGAAGACUUCGGUCAUAGGGGAGGCAGCUUCCGAGGACGGGACAAUAAGGAAGCGUUCGAUCGGUCCGGUCCGGGCCGUCACAGUGAAAAGUUUGGCGGAAGGCCAGACAGAGGCGAUAGACGCGGCUCUAAGCCUUGGGAGAACAACGCCGCGUCGAGCGCCGCGCCCGCCAACGAUGAGUGGGAAGAAACGCCUGCGCAGUCCUUCCAGCCGCCUCAGAGGCAGUUCAACAGGGACAAUAGGGACAACAGAGACCGGGACAAUAGGGACAGACGCGGCCAGAAGCCUUGGGAGAACAAAUCAUCCAAUGCGCCCGCGCCUGCUAACGAUGACUGGGAAGAAACGCCCGCGAAACCCGCCGGACCGCCCAGGCAAUUCAACAACCGGGAUAACAGAGACCGGGACAAUAGGCGCGGCCACAAGCCUUGGGAGAACAACACUGCCUCGCACGCUCCCGCGGCCGACGAAGACUGGGAAGAAACGCCUGCGAAGCCCGCCUUCCAACCGCCUAGGCAAUUCAACAGGGACAACCGAGAUCGGGACACACACAGACGCGGCCAGAAGCCUUGGGAGAACAACGUGGCUUUUAGCGCCGCCGACGACGAUUGGGACGAGACCCCCGCCAACCAAUCGCAGCCUCACAGGCAAUACAACAACAGGGACACCAGAGAUCGGGACAAUAGAAGAGACAACAGAGAAUGGGACAACAGCAAAUUCGAGCGUCGGAAACCUAGAGCGGAGCAUGAUAAGCCUGGGCCGCGGCCCGGGUGGAAAGGCAAGGACGCUGCCGGCGUGGGCAAGCGACUACGUCAGGCCGCGGAAGCCGCCUCAGCUGACGCCCAAAACGCCCGAUCCUCCGUCCAAGACAGGCUCAAACGCGCUAACAACUUCAACCAAGACCAAGGGGAUAACUCGAACGAUGACUGGGGCAACAAAAGCCGCGAGGGCAGGCCCGACCGACGCGACAACCGCGGCGAGAAACGGGACAACUGGGGCGACAAGAAGGAAAACUGGAACCGGGACGGGAAGCGGGACUUCAACAACCGAGAGAGACGGGAAAGACCGCCUCGAAGCAACUUCUCCCCCAGAGACCGCGCCGAAAGAACAGAAAAGUACGCGUCUGAUAGCGACAAGCGGUCCGAGAGAAGUUUCCGGUCCCAAGACAGCGGUAGAGAACGACCGCCGCGCAAAUUCGCACCGCAAGUGCAAUACAAGGACUUGCCUAACCCAGUGGAUCACACCACCGCAUUCUCAGACCCGACCGUCGAAAUUGGCGCGCAACACGAGGUGUCGGUCACGUGGAUUAUAUCCCCGGAGAGUUUCUAUACUCAGAUCAUGUCACUGCAACCGAAAUUCCUGGAAAUGAUGCACAUGAUUCCUGAACUGUAUAAGGGUGUGAAGUCUUACUCUGGAGUCAUCGGUGUAGGCUCCUCGGUGCUGGCCCGGUACCCUGCUGAUGGGGUAUUGUACAGAGCUACCGUAGUAUCCGUACAGCCGUUUUCAAAAUACAUAGUCCGAUACGUGGACUUCGGAAACAAGCAGCUAGUUGACGCGAAAGAUAUCUGGCAAUUAGACAGCCAGCUAAUGGAUCUGCCGAAGAUGGCAGUGCAUUGCUCGUUAGUGGGCGUUGCGCCGAAAGACGGCGAAUGGAAAGCGGACCCGGGCAUAGAUCUGUGUUUCAACGCUCCUCGAUACCAGUGCGUUUUCCAGGAGUGUGUGGAAGACCAGUACAAGGUGUCGCUUUGGAACAAUGGCGUCAGCGUGGCUGAUAUGCUGGUUGAGAAAGAGUUGGCUAUUAUGUCGGAGCACCAGUCGUCUGUCACUUUGAAAGACGAAGCAAUCGACCUGACAAUCAUCGUAGGCCAGCAAAUUCUGUGCCGAGUGACGUAUGUGGAGUCAAUCAACAAAUUCUACGUUCAACUGGACCUUGAUAAGGCAGCGCUAGUCGAGAACGCCAUCGCCAGUUUUGAUACAUCAAAACUCACCCCACUAACAGCCGAGAGCCUAGCUGAAGGCAUCCACUGCACCGUCAAGCACGACGACAAGAUCUACCGCGCCAUACUGAACGAUGUCUCCGACUCCAGCAAAAUCUCCGCGGUGUUGCCAGACUAUGGGAAUAUCAUCACCACAUCUUUGGACAAGCUAAUGAUCCUGCCGACGGAGCUAAGCGUGUACUACUACCAGUCGCUGGAAUGCUGCCUCAACAAUUACACGGAGCAGUCGGAGGUGCUUCUCUCCCUGGACGAGAUGAAGCAGAAGCUCACCAACAACAAGUUCAUUAUUUACAUCAACAAUGUUGAGGGGAUCAGCCUCGUGUCAACACUAUACGACUGCCAGACUGGCAAGAAGAUCGCCAUAAUCAACCCAGACGAAGGCGCCUACGACGAAGUGAUUCCGUUCUGCAUGCGCACAGUAUUCAACUACAACUUCGGACUCGCGUAUGUGGUCCACUCAGAGAAUCUCAACGAGAUAUACUUGCACAAGUCGGCGGAUUCUGACAAGAUCGCGCAACUGCUGGAUGAUUUGUACAAGUUUUAUGAAGAGGGUGAAGGUCAAGCCGAACCGCUGGCCACUUUCGACGUGGACACGAUAUGCGCAGCGAAGUCCACCGACGGCAACUGGUACCGCGCCACCGUCAUCAGCAACGACGACGACCAGAUCAAGGUGCAGUUCUCCGACUACGGAAACACUGAGGUUAUCCCCAAAGAAAACCUCAAGGUUCUGGAUCUCAAGUUUUACGAACCUUGCUCACUCGCCCUCGUGGCUAGUUUAGGCUUAGUCGCUUUACAGGACGAUGCUCUUGCGAAACUUACCGAAUGGACAACGGAAAAGGAAGUUCAGGUGACGCUAGCGUUCGGAAACGACGGCUGGCUGGCCAGCUUACACCUCGACGGCGUGGAUUUGGCCAUGAAGCUCGUCAACGAGAAACUGGCCACGCCGCAGAUCGCUUCCAGUGAGGAGCCCAAGGCGGAGGCGCCGGCCGACGAGCCCGCCGCCUCGCCCGAAGGCUGCACGCGCGUCUACAUCAGCCACGUCGACACGCCCGGGCACUUCUGGCUGCAAAUGGCCGAUAAGGUCGACAAAAUCGAGGAGAUCCAAGCGGAGUUGCAGGCCAACGCCGAAAGCUACCCUGACGUUGAAAACCGCGAGAUGGGCACGCUCUGUGUGGCCAAAUAUCUCGCCGACGAUCAGUGGUACCGCGCUGAAAUUCUGGACUCGGAUUCGGAUAUAACCACGGUCCGCUUUAUCGACUACGGCAACACGGACGUAUUGGACAACCAGCCCGGUCUGAUAAAAACGAUGCCCGAUCAGUUCAAGGAAAUCGAGCGAUACGCGAUCAAGUCGAGCGUGAACGCGGUCCCGACUGGCACCGGCCAGUGGUCCGAACCGGCCUCGGACUUCUUCACCCAACUCGUGGGAGAUUUCUCCACGGCCGUCGACGCUCUAAUAGUGCUCAAAGACGUCACCACAUACGUGGACAUAUUCAUCAACGGCCAGAACCUAACAGAUAAACUGGUGUCGGAGGGCUACGCGGCGCGAUCCGAGGAGACGGAAUGCGGAGGCGACCUGCCGUCGUGUUUCGCCAGUCACGUCAACUCGCCCUCCGAAUUCUGGAUUCAGCUGGAAACUGCCGCUCCCGAGUUGCAAGCGAUGGAGUCUGCCAUGGUAGACGCCGAAAAUUUCCCGGAGCUCAAGGACAAGGAGGAAGGUGUCAUUUGCGCAGCUAAAUACCCCGAAGACGGGGAGUGGUACCGAGCCCAAGUCAUCGUCGACGGAUCGGAGGGCACCGAGGUCCUGUUCAUGGACUACGGCAACGCGUCUAUCGCUAAUGAGCUGCGCAGUCUGCCCGACGAACUUAAAGUCAAACCGGCGCUAUCCAGAAAGUGUGCCCUUCAAAAACCGCGAGACAUCAAAACGUGGUCGCGUAAAUCGGAGAUUAAAUUUAACGAAUUGGCAGCUGAGGGUGCUACUAUUUUUAACGUACAGUUCAUAGCGUCCGGGGAUAUAUCUAUCGUUGAGUUAUACUUGGAAGGCAAGUCGGUCACCGAGGAACUAGUCGGGCUCUGCGAGGAGCAAACGGAACAGCCGGUGAGCGAGCGACCGACACCCGUCGGUCAAGAUCUGCAUAGUGACGGCAUCAUAUGCCACGUGAACUCAGUGGAUGAAUUCUACGUUCAACUCAAUGACACGUCAGCUGAUCUUGACAAGGUGACCGACAGUUUGGACGGUGCGGCCGAGUUUGAGGCCGCUCCCGAAUUGAAAGUUGGAGCGCUAUGCGCAGCUUUCUGGGAUGAUGACGAGCAGUGGUACCGAGCGAAAAUCCUGGAAUUCUGCGAUAGUGCAUACCACGUUCAAUUUAUCGAUUACGGUAACAAAGCUAAGUGUGAGCAAUUCCGGCAACUGCCAGAAGACUUAUCUCAGAUCGAACCAUUGGCUAAAUGCUGUCGAUUGGCUGGAAUCACUGUAGAUAGUUCCACGAGUGAAUCUGCGAAAGCUAAGCUGGAUGAAUUGGCAUCCGAUGAAACGCACACAUUCCGGAUAGAAUUUUUAGAUAGCACGAAGGAACCGAUACUUGUAAAGGUGUUCCUAGAUGGCAAAGAUGUGGCUUCUCUAAUUUCUUCAGAAACGGAAGUAGCGAAAACGGAAGCCGUUGCUCAAGUAGAAGAUACCGAAAAUGUGGCCCAAGUAGCGAAUACCGAAGUGGCCCAAGUAGCAAAAACUGAAGUGGCCCAAUUAACGGAUACGGACGUGGUCAAAGUGACGGAUACGGAAGUGGCCCAAGUAACUGAUACGGAAGUGGCCCAAGAAGUUGGGACGAAAACAGACGCUCAAGUAGUUGAAACGAAAGCCGAGGCUCAAGUUAAACAAUGUGAAAAAGUAGAAUCAACAGCCGAUACUCAAGUAGAAACAAAAGAGCCACAAAAUGAGGUAGCCGUUACCUCAACAGAGAAUACAGAACCUAAGGUUGAAGCUACAUCAACAGUAGAACCGGCAGCUAAAGAAGUUAUACAAGAAACAAGUACUGUUGUAUCGAAACAAAAUACUGAUGCUAGUGACAGUAGUGAAAAAGUAUCUGAUAAAGAAGUUAAAGAUACUGACAAUGUUGAAAUCAGUAAAAUAGAGGAGGGCGGCGGAGACGCUAAAGAAGCUGAUGACGAAUUUGCUGAUGCCGAGACUGAUUUAAAUACGUCACAGCCAGACCUCGAUGAAAGCUUAGAUAGCAACCACACUGUCAUAGAAAAUAAGUCCUUUGACGCAAAAGCCGACAAUUUGAGUGACGAUAUCGCCCUCGCCUCAGAGGAAAGCAGCAAUGACAUAACCGCUAGUCCAGAAAAAAAUACUUCUAGCGAAACUUUGGAAAAUUCUAAUGACACUAUCAAAACCCCCGAAAGAGAGGAGUCCAAGGAUUCUAUAAAUACCGAUACUGGCUACACGAGCGGUGAUCAAGACAAAUCACCCUCGAAGGGAUCGCCUGUGAAGGAAAGUCCUACGGGAAAGAAAGCAGAAUCGACUGCUGAAGUUAAGGCUGUGGACCAGACUAAAGAGGAUGUCAAAAAAGAUGAUGUAAAUAAAGCGGAGGUGACGUCUCAGUGAAUAAAUAAGUAUAUUUUUUCAUUGCGUUUAACUAGUAUUUCUUUUUUAUAUAUUUUAUUUUUGUGAGUCUAUGACACAUUAACUUAAGAUUACGAAUGAGUGUCUACUGUGUGAUCGACACUAUUUUUUAUAUGGUUUGUGACUAAUUGUGUUAAAACUACUUGAAAUUCUAAGCCAUUGUUUUCAUCCCGUCCUAGACGUUAACCAGUGAGUUACGAUUAUAUGAAUGAGUAUGGUUGGCAGUGUGAUGAUAUAAUUUCUAAUCCUUUCGACGUUUAAACGUGAUAAUUAUAAUUAUUGUCGUUAAUACUCAUUUUUACGUUUUAUAAUUGUUUUUAUGUUAAGUUCUGUUGAAAUAUUGAUUUGCGUUGUUUACGCAGAUUUUCUUUAUUUUAUAAGUUUAAAAUGUAUGUUAUGUAUCCCCUGUACGUACAUUCCUUUGGUGGAGUUUAAUGCAAAACUAUACACGAAAAUAGGUUACCUUAAUGCUUUUAUUAAAACACCUUCAACCAGUUAAAAGUAAGUGAUUCAUCCCUCUUAU